GGCGCACUGCCAGUUGUCAGUCUUCUCCCUGUGUCAAGUUGUCCUAGGGCUGUCAGGGGGCCGCGCAUGCGCGUAGGCAGCUGUCACUCUUCUCUUCCCCGCGCACGCGCCUUGGCCUGUUUGUUUAUUAUUAGUGCGCGGAGGAAAGAUGGCGGCGUCCUCCCUGGAACAGAAACUCUCCCGUCUGGAGGCGAAACUGAAGCAGGAAAACAGGGAGGCGAGGCGGAGGAUUGAGCUGGAGAUCAGUCCGCAGCGUGCCCGGCCUAUUAUUCUCAUCACUCUAAGCCCCACGCCCGCUCCAUCCCAGCGAGCAGCCUUACAACUCCCUCUUGCCAAUGAUGGACACACUCGUCCUGACAACCCCUCCCACCACCACUCUUCAGUGCCAGUCCGGCCGCGGAAUAUGCUGAACCUGCCCCAAACCAACUACCUGUCGCAGCGAAGCUUGGAGAGUACUGAAAUUGAUCUCAAGCUGCAAGAAAUUAUUAAACAGACUGGGUUUCUAUUAAUCGAGGGGCAGAAGUACCAGGCGGACAUCAAUGAUCUGGAGAAUUUGGGGGAAAUUGGCAGUGGGACUUGCGGACAAGUCUGGAAAAUGAGAUUUAAGAAGACUGGGCAUAUCAUUGCUGUUAAGCAAAUGCGGCGCUCUGGUAACAAGGAGGAGAACAAACGGAUCCUAAUGGACUUAGAUGUUGUUCUGAAGAGUCACGAUUGUCCAUACAUUGUUCAGUGUUACGGCACUUUUAUCACAAAUACAGACGUGUUUAUAGCCAUGGAGCUGAUGGGAACGUGUGCAGAAAAGCUGAAGAAGAGGAUCCAGGGGCCCAUCCCAGAGUGCAUUUUGGGAAAGAUGACUGUAGCGAUUGUGAAUGCUUUAUAUUAUUUGAAAGAAAAGCACGGUGUUAUACACAGGGACGUGAAGCCCUCCAACAUAUUGCUGGAUUGCAAUGGACAGAUAAAACUAUGUGACUUUGGAAUAAGUGGGCGACUUGUGGAUUCCAAGGCCAAAACCAGGAGUGCCGGAUGUGCUGCUUAUAUGGCGCCUGAGAGAAUUGACCCUCCAGAUCCAACCAAACCAGACUACGACAUCAGAGCAGAUGUCUGGAGUCUCGGAAUCUCAUUGGUGGAGUUGGCGACAGGACAGUUCCCUUACAAAAACUGCAAGACUGAUUUUGAAGUGCUCACCAAAGUCCUCCAAGAGGAACCCCCAGUCCUCCCUCACAAUAUGGGGUUUUCUUCUCUCUUCCAGUCUUUUGUCAAGGACUGUCUCACUAAGGAUCACAGAAAGAGGCCAAAGUACAAUAAGCUUCUGGAGCACCCGUUCUUGCGUCGGUAUGAGACUCAGGAGGUGGAUGUAGCCUCUUGGUUUCAGGAUGUCAUGGCUCAGACCGAGUCUCCAAGGAGCAGCACUCUCCUUAGCCCUCAAAACCUCCCUUUCUUUGGCAGGUAGCAUCUGGCUCGGGAGGGGAGGUAUGCCCCUCCCCAGCAUGAUCUUUGGACGCGGCUUUGAGACUCAAAUUUGGAUAAUCGUGUAUUAUGUGGUGUAUGGAAGAUUAUUACGAACAUUUUUAUUGAAGGGGAAGGUCCGCUCCCUUUCCCUCAUUAUUUCUUCUGUUGGAGAAUCCCCUCUUUUACCCUUUCAUACUGCCCCAAUACUGAAACUGGGAUGAGGAAUCCCCUUUAUAUUAUGAGAUGUCUUGAGUCAGUACAUUACUGCCCUCCUUUAUCGAGAGACUGUGCAUUAGAGUUGGAGGCUCCUAUCAAAACACUGGUGACUUCAUGUGGAAGCAUGUAGGUCUGGAUGUGCCUCCACUUGUAUGUGAUGGGUCAAAUGACAGGUUUCAUGGACUGUAAACUCUGCUCCAGUGACCUGAUGCAAGACGUGGAAGCCUAGUUGUCCGUAUAAAGGCAGAGCUUUUUUGCGAUAGUGGAGGUAUAUAUUUAUUUUUAAUUAGAAAGUUUGGCAUAUUAAUAGAGUCACUCCAUAACCAUCACAUAUUUUAUACACAUUUUUUUGGGGCAGUUGAAUUGACCUACAAUCAGAACACCAGUUUUUAUUUCCCCCCUCAUAUCCCACCACACCAGCGUAUCCUUUUGUAACUGCUUUCUUAAAUGAGGACAUCCUCAAGACCACAAGUUCAUUACAGUUGAGAGACUUUUCAUCAACAAAACGCCAUAUGUAUUUAAAAGCUAUUCAGAGCUGAACAGGAUCAAGUACAUUGUCUUUAUCUGAUGAGCAUCUCAGUCUAGACGUUCCUAAUCUACUGGUGAAGUCGAGGUAUGUGUUAAGGACCUCUUAUCCAUAGCAUGUUCUCCGCAACAUUGUGUGUUCUGUCCCAAGUGGAAAUAGAGAUGACUACAAAACACACAGUUGCUUCUAAAACUUUCUCCAUGAAGACUAUUUGAUGGCCUCCAGCUGUAUGUAUGGAAAUGGUCCAUACGCCUCUGUUAAAAGCAGGACUUUUGCAACAUAUGCUCGGCAGGGGAAGGGUGUCCUCAGGAGACCUGUUGAGGGUAGGUGUGCUGCUAAAAGUUAAUAUCCUGUGAAGAUAUUGACUUGUUAGUGUAUCUGCUGAAGGUGAUGGUAGAUUUUUAUUUUUUUUUAAACUGAUUUUUUUGGUGCUUCCACCACAAAGACUUAAAAUAAGGGAGAAGCGGUUCUCAUAACUAGCCUCUAUUGGCUCAGGAUGAAGUGGAUGCACAUACCAUGGCUUUGAUAUGGUGAUCCCACUUGGCACAAGAGGAGGGAGUGAGAGAAAGCUUUGGACUGGAAAACUCAUGAAGACUGAGACUCCAUGGUUCCUCUAUUUAGGUGGUCACAGAAGUAAGUUGUUGGACAUUUUGGGUAUUUUCUGUAAAGAAACCACAAAGAUAGGAGACUGGAACAAUGCAUGUGAAAAGAGAAGUGGGAGCAACACUGCUCUUUCUGGCUGGGGCUAUGAGAGAUGAGCGCACGUGGAAGUGAGACCAUUGCAGAGAAAGGAGUUAUGCACGGUGUACCAUGGAAAUCUCAUGCAGGACGUAUUUGCAAUGCAUUGCUCAGCUACAGAGUAGAUGAUCAAUGCACUACUUGUCUUCAGGACUGUUCAUAAAUGGGUCUAUAGAUGCAGUUUUAAUGCAUUAUCCGUUAAUUAAAUGUCAGAUCGAUAUGUGACUGCCCCCUUCCUAUGUGAAGGUGGAGCCUGAAGUGGUUGACUGGGUGGGAGGGGCUUAAAAUGACUGUACCAAAGCUACAUGGUGGAUUGGG